AUGUACCGGUUCAGUCGAUCCAACAUGAUGUAUCCCAUGAUGCACUCUGGCAUGGGCAUGGCACCAUUCUUUAAAGUGACCGUAUUCGAGCAGGAGCACUUUCAGGGCAAGUGUCAGGAGUUCACUUCGGAGUGCUGCAACAUCCAGCAGUGUGGCUUCGACAACAUCCGCUCCAUCCGUGUGGAGAGUGGCGCGUGGGUGGGUUAUGAACACCAUGAUUUCCAAGGACAACAGUUUGUCUUGGAGAGAGGUGAGUACCCUCACUGGGACUCCUACUGUGGAAACCUGGCCUACCACGUCGAAAGAUUUAUGUCCUUCAGGCCCAUCUUCUGUGCCGCGCACCAGAGCAGCCGUAUGACGAUCUAUGAGAAGGAAAACUUCCUGGGUCGUUGUACAGAAGUGUGCGAUGACUACCCCUCCCUGCAGGCUAUGGGCUGGUGUGGAAUGGAAGUGGGCUCCAUGCAUGUGCAGUGUGGCGCUUUUGUGUGUUAUGAGUUCCCAGGAUACAGGGGCAGGCAGUACAUCAUGGAGUGUGAGAAGCACAGCGGAGAUUACCAGCACUGGAAGAACUGGGGCUCCCAUAGUCAGACUCCUCAGAUCCAGUCCAUCCGUAGGAUCCAGCACUAACGGGACAGCGUCACUCCCAAACACCCCCACCGACAAACACACACACCUUGCACACCCUACUGUACCACACACCAUGCAGCCAUCCUGUCCUACACAGUUACUCGUCAGGUGC